UGAACAAAUAUUUACACGGGUCUAAAACCACAGGAAGUGUUCAAAUGAACCUUGCACUGUUUUAGGAGCAACCUUGAAAGUACCAGAACAGCUGAAACGUUAGGUGGUAAAAUUUCACACGGACUAUUUUGCGUUUUGUACCGGCUGAGGAACUUUACGACACUCCCUUAUUAUCCAACCUUUGCCCUCCCUCCGUCACACGGUCUCUGCGGUACCGUAGCAUGCUGUGGAUAGUAACAGGCGGAUUCUGCACGGUCACACGGGCCAACAACAUAAAAACCAUCCUAAUACACUUGCCUCGGCUAGAGUCUUGCAGAAACAUGUCUUCGUCCCCAGUUAAACGGCCUGUCACCUUACUGGGAACCAUGGCGUUCGGCGGGCGAGCCGACGCCGAGCAAAGCCAGGGGAUGGUGACGGCUUUCCUGAACAAGGGCCACAACCAGCUGGACACAGCCUUCAUGUACAUGGAUGGGAGGUCGGAGGCCAUCGUAGGGGACAUGCACCUUCCCAAAACAGUAAGCAUAGCAACCAAGGCAAACCCCUGGGAUGGGAAAACACUGAAGCCGGAAAGCGUUCGCUCACAGCUUGAAACCUCCCUGCAGAGGCUGAAGACUGACUGUGUGGACCUUUUUUAUCUUCAUGCUCCUGAUCAUCAAAACCCCAUCCAGGACACUCUGAGGGCUUGCAAUGAGCUCCACAACGAGGGUAAAUUCAAAGAGCUGGGGCUGUCAAACUACGCGUCGUGGGAAGUUGCUGAAAUUGGAUGCAUCUGCAGACAUAACAACUGGAUUGUUCCCACUGUUUAUCAGGGAAUGUACAACGCUACAACAAGACAGGUGGAAACAGAACUGCUACCCUGCCUGAGAUACUAUGGAAUGAGGUUUUAUGCAUACAAUCCUCUCGCAGGGGGUCUCCUGACAGGGAAGUACCACUACGAGGACAAGGACGGCUCUCAGCCUGCUGGGCGAUUCUUUAGCAACAGCUGGGCUGCAGCAUACAGAGACAGAUACUGGAAGCUGAGUCAUUUCCAGGCCAUAGAUCUGGUUCUGAAGGCCUUAGAGACGGCAUACGGCUCAGAGAAGCCCAGCCUGACUUCUGCAGCUAUGCGCUGGAUGUACCACCACUCCCAGCUGAAGGGUGAUCUGGGAGAUGGAGUCAUCAUAGGAAUGUCUAACAUGGAGCAACUUCAGCAGAACCUGGCUGCAGCUGAGGAAGGUCCUCUGAAUCAGAGAGUGGUCGAUGCCUUUAAUGAGGCCUGGGAUCUCGUAGCCCACGAGUGUCCGAACUACUUCAGAUGAAGACACUUGAAGCAAAUAUGUUGUCUAUGUCCAUUAAAAUAUAAUUCUUUUUUUUUUUGACUGAAAACUGAUUAUUAGGCUACGGUUAGGGUCAAAAUAGCCAUUUUCAUAAAUUCUUGCUUAAUCUUCCAAAAAUCAGUUUAGGUGUGUGUGUUAUCAGCUGUUGAUGCAAAAGCACUUUGCAGUAUGAAUGUGAAAAAUGUAACUAUGAUUCAUAAAAGAAACUCACUAUAUGUUUUCUACCAAAUGGCAAACAAAUCUAUAAUCAAGUUUUCAGAAAAACCUUUGAAACAUUCACAAAAGGACACAAUUUGACACCAGUCCAGUGUUUACUGAACAACUCAGUCCGAACACAAAAUUAAACAAGUUUCUGUAUUGAAGUAUUUUUUUAAAAUAAAAAAUGUGUGAUAAAUUUCCAAA